CUCCUUAGAGCCGCACUUGUGAGAGGGAGACAAAGCUACAUGGGAACCUAUUAGAUAACCAAUUCUCCUGUCAGCCGCCUCACAGGGGGAGAGUGAGCGAGCGAUCGUGUGAGGGAUAGAGAGUGUACCUGCAAUGGUGGAUACACAGGAAUUCCAUUCAAACCCAGCCUUGCAAGUAACAGACAUGGCGUACAGGAAAGUGCGUGCUGGCCACGGUUCUCUCCGUGUGCGGGAUCUGGAGAGUGUGGAGCUUCACACAGCUUCCCUGGAACUGGAAUGGGACAUGGAGAAAGAGCUGGAGGAACCGGGCCUGGACCGCUUCCAGCUGGAGUGUGUGGAGCAUCAACCUGUGAGCAGCUCUUCUGGCGGGGGCAUGGACCCAGACCUGGAACCAAUUCAACCCUCCGUUUCCCCUCAUGGACGUUUUGAGCGUCUCCAGGAGGACCCUAAUUACGUCUCUCGUUUCAGCCGAGCGGUACCCAAGGGCCAGAGAUGGAAUGGGACCUGCCUGGCUAAAUACCUGCUAGCAGGGCUGGGUGUGUUUGCUCUGGGGCUGCUCAUUGGACGAUAUGCCUUCAACAGGGAGCAAGUGAAGGUAGAGCCAAGUGCAGACUCAGAUGUGCUGGAGAAGAUUGUUCAGGGAAUCACAGCAGAGAAAAUACAAGCGCUGCAGAGGGACUUUGACAGCUUGUCCGAUCUCACAGAAGAGUCCAAGGUCAAGUACAUCGCUCAGCAGUGGACGGAGCUUGGAUUAAAAGACGUUCGGGUUACUAAUCAUACGGCUCUUCUGAGCUAUCCCGGACCCGUCCUCAGCACAAUCGUGGAGAAGUUUGGAAACCAUUGUUACCUGCCCAGCGGAGCGAGGUGUGGACAGCCAUCAACAUCCACGACUGAACCCUUUGCCUAUGCAGCCUACUCUGCUGUGGGAAGUCUAGUGGUGAGUUACAUUGUACCCUCAAGAGAUAAAUACCACACUAUUGUACUAGAAAUAUCAUUGUGGCGAAUAGGACGGCUGAAAGAUGUGAGAGAAUGGUGCGAGGAUUGUGGUGCCAUUGCUAAUGAGCAACGCUUGUGA